AUGCCUGCUGCAGUGGCUCAGCGCCGCAAGGCUGCCGGCCUGCCCACCCCCAGCGCGAAGAAAGCACGAACCUCCGCCCAGCCCAACGGCACCUCCGCGCGCAAAGCCGGCCUGGCCGCCCUUGUGUCCGCUGACGGCAAGCGCGUCCAGGCAACCACUACCAAUGGCGUGAAGGGCGCGAAGCAGGACACCGUCGACGAGGCGCGUGCUGUUGUCGGUCACGGUGACGUCGAUAUGCACGAUGCGAGCGCCGACCCGGAAGUUGUGGAGAUCUCCAGCGGUGAAGAGGAGGAGAGCGAGCUUGAAGACUCCGCAGACGAGCACAAGGACGAGGCUGCCGAUGCAAAGGAGGGGGCUGCUGAUGCCGAGAUGGCCGGCGGCGACGACACCGCUGGCGCCGAGGCCGAUCCGCCAUCUUUUGGCGAGCUGCUCCGGGCCAAUGCACCCGAAGUCGUCGAUGUUGAGGCUACUUUCCAGGACACCAACACAGGUUCUCGCGCAUUGGCGCCAACGAGCGGCAACAGGGCCCUGUCGGCGCCCUCGGCAACCUCGCUCGGCACAGUCCUCACGCAAGCGCUCAAGACGAACGACAAAGAGCUGCUCGAGUCCUGUUUCGAAAUGAACGAUCUGAACAGCGUCCGGUCCACCAUCGAGCGUUUGCCCUCCCCGCUUGUCGCCAACCUCCUUUGCAGACUCGCUGAGCGCCUACACAAGAGGCCAGGGCGCGCAGGAAACCUCAUGGUCUGGGUUCAAUGGGCUAUUGUCUCGCACGGUGGAUACCUUGCAGGAAGGCAAGAUAUAAUGAAGGAGCUCGGCAGCCUCAACCGCGUCAUAAAGGAGCGUGCAAGCGGUCUUCAGCCGUUGCUCAACCUCAAGGGCAAACUCGACAUGCUCUCGGCACAGCUGGAACUGCGGAGAAGCAUGCAGAAGACGGCCACGAUGGAUGAGGAUGACGAAGAAGAAGGUGUGAUCUACGUUGAAGGCCAGGACGAAAGCGACUCGGAUGAGGAUACGGCCGCCGACAACAAGACCAAGGCCAUCACCGACGGCAAAAGCCAGAAGCGCACCAGGAAGCCGGAGGAUGACGAAGACGUGGAGGGUGCGGAGAGCAGCGACGAAGACGGAGCGAUGAACCUCAACGCGGAAGAAGAGGAGGAGGAGGAUGAAGGUAGCGAAGACGAAGAUGUUUUGGACGACGAAGCGGAGGAGACGGAGAACGAUUCCGGCGAGGACGAGUCGGAGGACGACUUGGAGGAGAUUGAUGACGACGAUGGCGAAGAUGUUUCCGAGGACGACAUUGAGACGCCGAGACCGAUCAAGCGCUCUGCGGCUGCACAGCGCAUGGGCUUCGGCAGUGGCAGAAGACGCCGUUGA